AUGCCUGCUUCAAAUAUUCCAUUCGUAUUUUGGAAUAAAAAGAGUAAAGACCUCAGGCAUGUCAUUACCUGCGCAAUCCAGCACGGCAACCUUAUAAUAACAGGCUCAGAUUCCGGAGAAAUUUGCUUGUGGGCUUUAUCAGAUGAUGGUUAUAUUCCUGACAUUAUUUGUUCACCUGGCAAGGAUAUCGAAUGCAAAGCGCUUACAACCGCUUUGCCUCCAAGCCCUGAACUGAUUAGCAGCGAAAAAUGAAUAGUUUCUUUGCAUUCGGACGGCCGAGUCAGAAGUUGGGAUUCAAAAGACGGCAGAUGUAUGAGUGCUUCUCAGGUCGGGAUGCUGCCUGAGCUGUCUAGUCUUCAUUUAUUAAUCACGAUCCAACAGAGAUUUUUGGCUGUCAGCGGAGAAGUAAAAAACAUUUUUUUGAUGGACGCUUGAUCAAUGCAGCCGAUUGCAUGUUUUAGCAUGCUGUGCAUGAUUGUGAGCAUUAAAAGCUGCAACUUCUGAAGGACUAAUCAUAUUAUUGGGCUAGAUUGUGAAGGCAGCAUGGAGAUCUGGCCUAUUCCUGAUCUGAAAGAUUACUGUUUUCAUAAAGACGAACUCCCUGGGAUCGAUAUUUUCCAGUCCAAAUCGUUAAGCUUUUCUAAAGGCGAAUGCCCUAUUUCACUUGCGAUAUCUGAUUUCAGUGGACUUUUAGCGGUCAUUUAUGAGAGCUCAGUAUCUUUAUUUCACAAAUCCUGAUUUAAAAAAGGAAAUAGCCCACCCAAACUGGAAUUCGAAAGUCCAGUAAUAGGCGCAGAGUUUUUAGAAGGGAGCUUUUAUGUGUUAUUUAAAGAUGGAAAAGUCAGGAGGUACGAAAUUACAGAAAUUCUCUAUGGGAUAGGGGUAAGAGACAGCAUGCAGCUUAGUCAAAGAAACUCAAUGAGUAAAUCAGGCGCUGAGCCUUCAUUAAAUUAUAUUGAUUAUGAGCUCUGCAAACUAGACUGCACAAUAAAACAUUUAGCUUUUUGUGAAAAUUUUAUUCUUUCUUGAACCAACCAGACAAUAUUUACAACGCCCUGUUUGAGCGAACGAAACCAUUCGGAAAAUCCCUAUUUUUUUGGGGCAAAUCACCAUCCGAGCAAGCCAAAAAGUAAAUAUAUGAUAUAUAAGUGAUAAUUAUUAUUAUAAAUCUCUAGCUCAUUUUAUUCAGCUUGCAUUCUAAAAAUAGUUUUUAAAUUAAAAUUGAGAAUUAGGAUCGCUCUCUAUCUGAGGGAUGGAGUUAGGGUUAAUUUGCAUGAAUUUAAGGAGCAUUCAAUUUUGAACCACAUGGAAAUUUUCUUUAGCUUAAAUCUUGGGGACUCAGAUAAAUUCGCUGACAGCAAAAUAGGCUCACUAUUAAAAGAAGAUGAAACCAUCACAAUCAAUUAAAUUUGGUAUGAUAAGCCUGGGCACGGUUUCCCUGAGAGCUGUCGAAAUCCUAACGCCUGAAGCCGAAGGACCAUUCUGCCUUGAAGCCGAUUGGAGCACAGCAACGGUGUUGCAGGGAGCCCCAAAGCAGGGACAGAAGCCAGUGCAGGUGAUGUGUUAGUGAGCGUUAAACAAGAUUCUUAAACCUUAAUAUUUUUAUUCGCAUCGAAUCAUUACAAUCAGCACAAUUUGUUUAACCAAUAAUUGGCCUUAUUAUCUAGUAGGGACUUCAUCAGGAAAUAUGAUUCUGUGUCCUUUUCAGCCAAGAUUAAAGCCUCAGAUAUAUAGCUACCAUCAAGCUUCGAUAACCUGUAUUCAUCUAAUUAAUAACAGACUCAUUUCUUGUAGCAGCGACAAUAUUAUGUGUAUAUGAGACUUUGAAAUCGAAGGGGCAGUUUUUGCGAGAAAAAAGACAGAAAACAGGAAAAUGUCAUCUCUAAUGAGCAGAAAAUCUAUAUCAAGUGAGGACAACUAUAAAGAAGGUAAAAAGCACGAGCCUUUUCAAGUCAUUGAAACUUAUAGGAGUCCUGUCAAAAGAGCUUUGCAAGUAGGGAUUUUAAAAGACACAGACUCAAAUGAAGACAAAUUCGCAAGCACACUAAACUACUGGGAAACCACCUUAAUUGCCCAGUGUCAAGACGGCAGUAUCUUACUUAUCUCACUAACCAGAAAAGGAGUUCUCAGCUAUUUCCAAGCUAUCGAAUCAGUCAUAUUAGACGCUAAGCUUAACGUGAUGCUCAACUACUUAUUAGUCUCAUGUGCUGACGAAAAGAUCUAUGUAUUUGACAUGACCGCUCAAUGUCUAGAACGAAUCAUCGUAGGAGAACAAACAGGAAAAGUUUUAAGAGCAACCCUCCCAAACUUCGCAGAAUAUAAUGCAAUGGACGACCUUGAGCACGCAGUUGACGAUAAUCAUUUAAUUCUCCUUUAUAACCUUCGUCAGCAAUUUAUUGCAAACUCGGAUAUGCCGCUUUCUAUAGACCAUGUUUCAAUAGGUCUAUGUGACUAUACAACACUUCAUGUAAAUUCUAAUGCUUUUAUUGGAGAAAUCAAGUUCCCAACUGGCCCUCCAAUUGAGCUGGAUUAUAUUGUAAGCUUGCUUGCCUGCUGGAUUGAAAAGUGCGAGUCUCACGAUUCAUUAGUGGAAAAUGUCAAAGGGUGCAUAUCUAUGCAGGAGCCUGCAAUUAUAGGAAAUAUUGGAGUUGCUGGAGUUGAGAACAGCAUUUCCUUUACCUUUCCGAGGAAGCGGGAUAAGUAUGAAGUUUCUGAAGUAAUCUCUGGGCUCCUGCUAGCUUCAAGCCUAGGGAUCAUAAAUGCUCUGCCUAGCUUAAAUAAAGACUGCAAGGCAGAAAUAAAGAAAACCAUUGUUUCUCACAUUUAUUCCCACCCAGCCUUCAAAAAGCCUGACCUGUCUGUCUUAAUUUUGCAAUAUUUCCACGGAAACCAUGCAGCAGGGUAUAUUUUAAGCAAGUAUUUGCCAUUCAUUGACAAUAAUCAAAAGCUUUUAAUAUUGCGCACAGCAGCCUGCGUAGUUGAAAAAAAGCUAGAAGGCUCCAAAAAGGCAGCUCAUGAAAAAACCCACGAAAUCGGCAAAAUUGAAGCUCUAUGCAUAUGUCUUCUGGGCUUCUUGACAGGCGAUUUAAGGAACAUCAGUGAAGAAAUAUUUGAAUCGAUUUUAUUAGCCUUACGAAAUAUGCUAAAAACUGGGCUUCCUCACUAUGUGUCUAUAGCGUCAAAAAUAAUUGGCCAACAGAUUUCUGUAUGAAAAGAAACCUUAAAUAACGAGCAGAUUUCAGAAAUUUGUAGAGAAAUGCUCGUUAAUGGCUCUAAUAAGCGUGAUGGGCUUCAAAAUGUGUUUUAUAGAGCUCUUGUAAGGAUUGCAGUGGACGAUAUGAGCUUUUAUACGCAAUUUUUGUCAAAUGAAAUUGAAAAAUUAAAUAAAGGCUCUGAUUAUCCGAAUUCCUGCCUUAAUUCUUUAUCAAUGCUGAUAGACAAAAAGUAUGAAGAAGUCGCUGUUUUUCUCCCAAGUAUCGUUGAAAUUUUAAUGAAAGCCUUGAACCCUGUAAAUCUUGAUCUUAGGAAAUAUUGCGUCAGGCAGGCUGGAAAAACUCUCAAAAAAUUAAUUACGCUCCCUAUGGUUGCAUUUUGCCAAGAAAAACAGAAAUUAGCGGUUGGGACCCUGGAUAAGCUGAUUGUAUGCUAUGAUAUGAAGUCGACAUCCCAAUGGAAAGUAUAUCAAGGGCAUGAAGGCGCGGUUUGUGCAAUUCAGUUUAGCAGUGAUGGGAAUUUUUUGGCAUCUUAUAGUUCUGAUGACUGCAGUGUGAGGAUCUGGAAAGCAAGCAAAGGGCUAUUCAGUGGGUUUGGGAACAUCGGGAAAGCCAAAGAAGUGAUAAAUCUGCCUAAAAUAAAAAGCAUCAAGCCAACAUAUAGGGAAUAUUUGAAAUUAAUCACCAUUGGAUGGGGCGAAAACAAUAAAACAGUCCUAGUCACCAGAGAGGAUGGCGAAAGAUACUCCUUCAUAGUCCAUAUAUAA